UUUUAGUUUCGAAAAAAAAAUGCGCAGCGGCCGUGCAGCAAUUGCAAUGCGUGCAAUCAAUCCCGUUAACAAUCAAGUGCUUGCAGUGCUGAGCGCGCAGGGCAGCCAAUAAGAAUCUGAUCGGAAUUGCAAUUGAUAUCAGGAUCGGGAGUCGCGAAUCUAAUCGGAGGAGAGGAGAAAGCUGCUGCCUCUCACCUGAGUCUCUGGCCCCGAAAAUGGAAUCGUCCAUUAAGCUUAAGGACAGCAACUCCAACUGCAGCUCCAAUUCGAAUGGCAAUGUGGGCGGUGGCGUGGGCGGAGGCGUGGCAGGAGGGGGCGGAGGCGUGUGCGUGUCCAGCAUCUGUAGCAGCGACAGUUUCAGCAUCAUGCCACCGCCGCAUCACGAACUGGUCAGCGCCAACAGCAUCGAGCUGAAUGCGGCCGCCUCCUUGAGCGACGACAGCGGCGUUCCCCUGACCACCAACAGCUCCAUCUCCAGUGGCGACUCCUACCGCCUGGGCAUGUGCAAAUUCGAGAUUGAGAUGGUGGAGAGCGAUGGCGAGGUGUCGCAGUUCGAUAGCCUGGACAACUGCUCGGAGGGUGGGAUGAGUGCCGAGAACUUUAACACGCUGAAGAAGGGACCCCUGGCGCCGAUUGAUCCGCCGCCAGAGUUCCAGGACUCGCCACAGACCACCCUGGUGCGCUCCAUUUCCAAGAAUAUAGUGAACAGCCUGCGUCGCUGGACAUCCUCGCAAUCGUCGUUCGAGCACUUGAAGGACGAUGCCGCCACCAUGGUGAGCGGCCUGGCAACGGCAGUCCUGCCCGAGGAGCCGCAUCCGCCCAGCCAGGACCAGUUGGUCCUGCUGCUGGCCAAAACCGAGUGCAAGCUGGACGCCCUGGACGGCCAGGCCCUGGGCCAGAUGAGUCUCAAGGAGUCGUAUGCGAUCAACAAGCACCUGUACUCCAGCGAUUCCAUACUGAACAGCCAUACGGACAACAUAUACGACGAGCCCAACAACAUUGUGAGCAGCUCGCUGGGCAACAGCGUGGAUCUGCUGGAGGAGGAGCAGUCGGAGGCCAGCAGCUGCUCGCCGCUGCCAUCCCCGCCGCCGCCCGUGUCCAUAGUUAAGAUUAAGCAGACGCUGUGCCCGUAUUACCAGGAUCACACGCGCUAUUUCAAGGCCAUACCCACGGAGCAGGACAACAUAGCUAGUGCCAAGGCGGCGGCUGCCCAGCAGAGGUUCAACAGUGCCGGCCUGUCGGAGAUUCACGACUACGAUCUGUACUACGGGGCCCGUAGGCAGCCGGUGGACAACAGCAGUCUGCAGCGACGCCAGGCCUCGCUGUACAGUCCGCUGGGCCACACCAGCCACUGUCACUACCAUCACAGCCAUAGCCAUGGCCAUGGGAGUCAUCAUCACCACCACCACCACCAGCCGGGCUACGGCUACAGCCAUGGCCAGCGGCCCAACUCGAGGAACUCGCUGAACAGCCGCCUGAGCAGCUCGCACAACUCCCUGAAUGUCUCGUCGGCCAACAAGCCGGACGACUCCAUCUUCAUCACCCAGGCCAUGUCCCACGAUGCGCUGUUCACGCGCGAGAUCUCCGACUUCUACAACGUGCCCAUCGACUCGGACAUCUACGCCUUCCCCGUGGACAUGAUCGAGCAGCAGCAGCAGCAGUUGGUCGAGGAGCAGCAGCAACAGCAGAAGCCCACGGCUCCCACUUACCACAAGGCGAGCAGACGAAACAAGAGGAACAAGCGCAAGCAGCGGUAUGCAGGAUCUGGAACGGGCGCCGGGACGGAGACCAGCGACGGGGAUGGGGAGAAGAGCAAGCAUGGCAAAUACCGCACGCCCGUGGGCGUCGGAAUGGGUCAGGUCAGCGAAUCGGAACCGCUGCACAUGACACUGGACGAGGUGAAACAGUUCUACCACACCCUUUACUCGGAUGCCGGCAAGCCCGCGCCCAAGCCGAUGGUCAAGUCCAGUAACGAGACCAUUUGGAGUGUGUCGACCAAUACCACCACCACCACAGCGAGAACGCGGAGCAGUGUGGGCACCACCCGAGCUGGAGGUGGUCCCCCAGGAGCGGCCAAUGGGGCUGGAGGAGCCAGCAGUGACGGAGGCGUUGGUGGUGGUGGAGGCAGCGGCGCCGGUGGCAAGUAUCUGAGCAAGCAGAAUAAACACAACCUGGACAACGAUAAGCUCAACAACAACAACAACAACAACCAUCAGCCAUCACAACAACAGCUGGAGAAGCCGCCGACGGAGCACCACAACCACAACCAACUCCAGCCGCCGAACAACAAGCACGUCCUGCACUCGGAGAAGAAGUCACAGUUCACGCUGAACCUGAAGCAGCGUUUCUGCAGCAUCUUCCGUUUCCGGCGGAGCAAUCACAGUCGUUGCCGAGGCUCCGGUGGCGGCCAAACCGGUACCCUUGCCAACGCGAAUGCGGGGGCAACGGCGCCGCUGAUCCCGCCAGCUGCCGUGAUAACCAGCGCUCCGGGGGCAGCGGGCCAACCGCAGCUGGCCACCGAACUGAACGGCGGCGGCGGAGGAGGAGCGUCAAUCACGGCGGAAGCGGACGAACCCAAUGCCGAUCUACGCAAGAAGUUCCAGUCCCGUGCCCUGCCACCACUACCAAAGAAGGCUGCAGCCUAUGCCAUUGAAGCCGUUAAAUCGGAACCGGAGGAGCUAAAGACGAACGUGGUCCAAGAGCCGCGGGCACUGCAGUUCACAUCCAGCAUUGAGAAAGUCAAAGACUAUGGCUGGUAUUGGGGUCCCCUGUCCAGCGAGGCGGCCGAGAAGGUGCUCUCCAGCGAACCGGACGGCUCCUUCAUUGUGCGCGAUAGCUCCGACGACCACUACAUCUUCUCGCUCAGCUUCAAGCUGAACAACUGCGUGCGCCAUGUGCGCAUCGAGCAGGAUCAGGGAACCUUCUCCUUUGGCUCGUAUGCCAAAUUCAAGUCACAAACCAUCACCGAGUUCAUUGAGAAGGCUGUCGAGCAUUCGCGGAGCGGCAGAUAUCUAUUCUUUCUGCAUCGUCGCCCGGAGCACGGACCAAUGCGUGUGCAAUUAACCAACCCAGUAUCUAGGUUUAAGCAUGUACAAAGCUUGCAGCACAUGUGCAGAUUUGUUAUACUAAAGGCGGUUAUACGAAAGGAUCUAAUACAGACAUUGCCAUUACCGAGAAGACUUCUAGACUAUCUUAACUAUAAGCACUGCUACUCCGAGCAGGUGGAGAGCGACAGUUCGCAUUCGCAGAUAUCUGGCGAUGGAACGAUGUAAGAGAAGAAAGAAGAACAGAGACGAUUCGCUCGUGACAACAAAACGUAAACGAAAGCAACAGAAAUUAUUACCUUAAAUAAGUAGUAGAAUUUAACGAAACCUUAAACAACAGUAACAAAGCAAACAAACAAACAACCGUUAAACGUUCUGUAUAACAAGAACAGCAAAAGAAAAAAAAACACCAAACAUAAAACAAAAGUUACAUGAGUAAGCAAAGCGAGGAAAUUGUUAGUUUUGCUAAAAAAAAAAAA